CACUUGUUUCGUCUCAUCUCUCGUGUCCCCUCACUUCGCUGCAAAACCCUACCGUCGCCGCCGCCCCCGCAGCUAUGACGUCAUCGCCGGCGGCGAGGCGCCGGCCGCCGGGUCCGCUGGCGCUGGGGCUGGAGUCGUCGGCGAACAAGAUCGGCAUCGGCGUCGUCUCCCUCUCGGGGGAGAUCCUCUCCAACCCGCGUCACACCUACGUCACCCCGCCGGGGCACGGCUUCCUGCCGCGGGAGACGGCGCACCACCACCUCGCCCACCUCCUCCCGCUCCUCCGCGCGGCGCUGGGCGAGGCCGGGGUGACCCCCGCCGACCUCGCCUGCGUGUGCUACACCAAGGGGCCCGGGAUGGGCGCGCCGCUCCAGGUCGCCGCCGCCGCGGCGCGCGCGCUCUCGCUGCUCUGGGGGAAGCCGCUCGUCGGCGUGAACCACUGCGUCGCGCACGUCGAGAUGGGCCGCGCGGUCACCGGCGCCGUCGACCCCGUCGUGCUCUACGUCUCCGGCGGGAACACGCAGGUCAUCGCGUACAGCGAAGGGAGGUACAGGAUCUUCGGCGAGACCAUCGACAUCGCGGUGGGGAACUGCCUCGAUCGCUUUGCCAGGGUGCUUGAGCUGUCCAAUGAUCCUAGCCCUGGGUAUAACAUCGAGCAGCUUGCGAAGAAGGGAGAGAAGUUCAUUGAUCUCCCUUAUGUUGUAAAGGGUAUGGACGUGUCAUUUAGUGGCAUACUGAGCUUCAUUGAAGCUACAGCAAUUGAGAAGCUUAAAAAUAAUGAGUGCACGCCUGCAGAUCUAUGCUACUCAUUGCAGGAAACUCUCUUUGCUAUGCUUGUUGAAAUCACUGAGCGUGCCAUGGCACAUUGUGAUUCGAAGGAUGUUCUUAUUGUUGGUGGUGUUGGGUGCAAUGAACGUUUGCAAGAGAUGAUGAGGAUAAUGUGUUCAGAAAGAGGGGGUAGGCUGUUCGCAACCGAUGAUCGAUACUGUAUUGACAACGGGGCAAUGAUUGCAUACACUGGUUUACUGGCAUACGCACAUGGCAUGACCACUCCCCUAGAGGAGUCCACUUUUACUCAAAGAUUCCGAACGGACGAAGUUCAUGCAAUCUGGAGGGAGAAGGAGAUGCCAGUGUUAACUAACAUCCGUGCCCAUGCAAUGGCUGAAGUAUCCAAAGAUGAAGCUUCCGUUCCGACUCCAAUUGCUGUAGAUUCAUGAGGUAAUUCUUGUUCUUUUCCUUCCUAUCCAAGGAAAUAGAAUACUUGGAAAGGAAGCCAGAGUCCAGAGACAUGUACUUCGGUUGAUGAUACGAAAGCCUUUGUGGCGGCACAUGGGAAGUUUCUUGUACUGCUGUGUGGGGUUAACCUGGUGAAAGAUUUGGAUCAUCGGCAACCUCGUAACACUUAUGUAUUUCAUGUUGUAUCUCUCAAUAGAUGAACCAUGAUUAAACAAACCACACCGUCUAUUUGGUCAGUUAAGCCCUACUCCCUUUUAUGUGAUCCAUUCAUUUGAUGUAAAAGCGAUUCCUGCUGCUAAUUUCACUCCCAUGCUGUACCUCCUAGGGUGUGUUUAGUUCACGCUAAAAUUGAAAGUUUGGUUGAAAUUGGAACGAUGUGACGGAAAAGUUGAAAGUUU